CGCGGAGCUUAUAUCGGGGCGGCGCGGCGCGGCGCGGAGCGCGGGCAGAGAUGGCGGCGGGAGCGGCUGGGCCGUGCAGCCUCCUGGCGCUGCUUCUCCUCGGCGGGCUGGCCGCCGGCGUCGCGGGGACAACUGGUUUUAUAAAGUCACCACUGUCUCAAAAGAGACUGACUCAGGACAGCGUCGAGUUGUACUGCGAGGCGAUUGGCAAUCCCAUCCCUGAGAUCCAGUGGUGGUUUGAGGGAAACGAGCCAAAUGAGACCUAUGCUCAGCUCUGGGAUGGUGCACGGCAGGACCGUGUCAAAAUCAACGCCACCUACAACCUGCACUCUACCAGUACCAUCUACAUCGCAAACCUCACAAGCGACGACUCGGGCAUGUAUGAGUGCCGGGCUAGCAACGACCCUGACCGCAACCACUUGUCGAAGAGCCCCAAAGUCAAGUGGAUCCGUUCCCAGGCGAAUGUUUUUGUCAUCGAACGUCCAGAAAUCAAAGCUCAUGUAACUGGUGUCUCUGGCAAGCUGAUCCUCAGCUGUAACAUCACUGCGCCUUACCCUGCCAUCAAGGGGCACGAAUGGAUGCACGGGGACAAGAUACUUCAGACUGACACAGAGUCAAGUGCUUUCACCAGUUACACAAUCGAGGGGAAGAUGGAAGAGCACUCUGGUGUCUAUGAUUGCAUCUACAAAACAAACCCAGUGAUAAAAGCACAAGUGAAUAUUUCAGUUCCACCCCAAGUGACGGCGUACAAGAAGUCUGAGCAUGGGAAUGAAGGGGACACUGGUGUGCUGACCUGCAAGAAUCCCUCUUUCCCCCCUGUUUUCUCUUGGCUCUGGUACAAAAGUGGUCAAGAGCCCAUCAUCAAUGGUUCUGGUCGAUACAUUAUCAAGUCCAGUGGCAACAAGACAGAGUUACGCAUUCUUAAACUGAAUAUUGAGGAGGAUACGGGUGACUACCACUGCAAUGCCACCAACUCUUACGGCUCUGGUGGUGCUACAGUGAACCUGCGCGUACGCAGCCGUCUAGCAGCACUCUGGCCCUUCCUGGGUAUUGUGGCAGAAGUCCUCGUUCUUGUCACCAUCAUCUUCAUCUAUGAGAAGAGGAGGAAGCCAGAUGAAGUUCUUGAUGAUGAUGAUGGAGGUUCUGCACCGCUGAAAAGCAACGCCACAAACCACAAGGACAAGAACGUCCGCCAGAGAAAUGCUAACUAAGAGAGGGGCCAGGUGACAUGUAGAUGAACAACUCAUCUGGACAAUUUUGUUUUCUUCUAAUAUUUUGGUAAAAUAGCACCAUGAAAUAUUCUAGUGCGUCCUUGCGAUUCAGUUACUUCACUUUCUAAAGAAACUUAAGUUGUAGAAUCUAAAAUACACUUUUUUUUAUUAAAGAGUUGUGGGAGGGUUUUUCUACCUGUAAAUGUAAAUUCCUUGUUUCUGGUAGUCUAGGUCACUGGCUGUUUCUGUCCUAGGUUUGUUUGUGUUGGUACCGAGUGGGUGGGUGGGAGUACAGCUUGCUUCUUCCUCACCUCUGGGAAGAACAGGGUGUGUUGGACUGGGCCAUUCUGAAAUGCCCUCCUGCCCCACCUCAGUGUUUGAAGCCACUCAAAGAGCUGUAGAGAAGACCUGAACGUGCAGCGAGAUGUGCGCAGUUCCUCGUGUGCUGCUCCACAGACGCAGGUGGCACAGCCUGGGUUCCCAGUUCUGUUGUCCUGCCCUGUUUGCGUGGGUCAGGAAGAAGCAGCUUUGGUGACAGUGGGAGAUGACCCAGCCUGACCCGAGAGUUCCCAGGAAAGUAGUUCUGUGUCUCCCAGCGCAUCACCUGGAGCAAGGCCAUACCUUUCCCUAGCGUGGAAGCAGCACAUGUCCCGUAUGCCACUUGGGCAGGGGCACCAGGCACGGCUGCUGUUGCCACUCCUGGGGAGCAGCGGGCAAAGGGCUCAUUCCUCGGCACGUCCCGUCAGCCAUCGGCUCCUCCAGAGCUGUUCUUAGUUACCCUAAAAAUAGACAGACAACCAGGAGGCAGUGUGCUAGAACUGGACACUGGAUAAAUGUGAUUGCUUUUAACUUAUUUCGUGGGUGGUUAUAUCUCUUCUCAGGUUGCUGCAGUGGGGGAUUGGGGCAGAGUGAGCAGGGGCUGCGGUCAGUGCCGGGGGCAGUUUAACAGCGUGUGUUCUUGUGCUUGAGCCAUUGUGAUGUUUGCAUGACAUGGGAGCCUGAGAGCAGACAAGUGCUCAGUGGAGUCUAAUACCUUUAUUGCUGGGUAGCAUUGAACUGUUCCAUCUGUUAACACACUUCACAAAUAAAGAUGAUUCUUUUUUUUUUUUUUCUUUCCCCCA